CAGAUCUCUCGACAAACACAAUGGUGCGUGCUAAGCAGGAGAAGAAGGACCGCGCUCCCGAUGAGUGCCAGUGGGAGGCCACUGUCAACCUCCGCAAGGCCACCUACAAGAUUGCCAACAAGCGCAAGGCACCGAAGGCCAUCAAGGCCAUCCGUGAGUUUGCCCGCAAGAUGACCGGCACCCCGGACAUCCGCAUUGAGGACUCGCUUAACAAGUUCGUCUGGUCCAAGGGUAUCCGUGCCCCGCCUGGCCGCGUCCGCAUCCUCCUCACCCGCCAGCGCAACAACGACGACGAGGCCGAGCACAAGCUCUACACCCUCGUUUCCCACCUCGAGGUUGCCUCGUUCAAGGGCCGCAAGCCGCACCGCAUUGAGCAGAUGUAAAGAAGCCUAAGCAGCGGA